AAGUAUUUGAAUUUGAUAUAAGAACUUGGAUAGUUAAUGGUAAGAAAAAGAAGACUAGAUAAAACAUCCUUGAUCUAUUGCUUAAAUAAAUAUUUUCACAAAUAUUCAUUUCUCAUGUGUAUUUAAUAUCAUAGUAAAUACUAAAUAUCCUAACAAAUUUCAUCGUGUUAAUUUGAAUUGUUUCCCAUAAUUUACUAAAAUCAAAAUCAGCGAAAUUUGGAAACUACAAUCUUCUUUAACUCUACGUAUAUGUAUAAAUACCAGUCUUCUUUUGACGCCGAAUAUUCCUCCUUUUCAGUUUAUCCAAAUAUUCAUAAAAAAUAGAUACCGAAAAUAUGAAUUUCUCUUUACUUUCUACAAUGUUAUUAGCAUUAGCAUUGUCUUUUGUCUGCUUGUUUUCUGUUGGUCAUGCUCAAGAACUUUCAGGAAAUGCAAGAGUUUCUGCACUCUUCGCUUUUGGAGAUUCCAUGCUCGAUACCGGAAACAACAACAAUCUCAGGACUCUUACCAAAUGCAAUUUCUCUCCGUAUGGUAGAGACUUUGCUGGUGGAAAAGCCACUGGAAGAUUUGGAAAUGGACGAGUUUUCUCAGAUCUUAUUGCCGAAGGUUUGAGCUUAAAAACUUUCUUACCAGCUUACCGUGAUCCAAACCUUUCCAACAAUGAUCUCCCGACCGGUGUUUGUUUUGCAUCCGGUGGUUCAGGUCUCGAUGAACGCACUGCCAGUUCACAAGGAGUUAUAUGGGUGACAGAUCAGGUGAAAGAUUUCAAAGAGUAUGUCACUAAACUAAACGGCGUUGUAGGAGAACAAACAAACGCACUUAUAUCAAACGCCGUUUAUUUAAUCUCAGCUGGUAAUAACGAUCUUGCCAUCACCUUUGCGACUGGGCGGGCACAAUCCACUAUUUCAGAUUACACUGAUCUCAUGGUCACUUGGACUGAUAAUCUUUUAAAGAGUCUAUAUGAUACUGGAGCGAGAAAGUUUGCGGUUCUUGGAACACUACCAUUAGGUUGCUUGCCAGGAGCAAGAGACGCGGCUGGAAAUUUUUUGAAAGUAUGUGCAUAUCCUGCAAAUCAAUGGGCUGAUACGUUCAACAAAAAGUUAGCAGCUAAACUUAACAAUCUCGGGACAACACUUCCUGGUGCCAAGUUUGUCUACGUAGACAUGUAUAAUUCUCUUCUUGAUCUCAUCAACAAUCCUCAGGCUUCAGGGUUUAUUGAUGCGGCUGAUGGAUGUUAUAUGCCGACGAUUUCUCCUGUUCCUUGCCCGGAUGCAUCUCGUUACGUGUUUUGGGACAUUGGACAUCCUAGCGAGAAGUCAUACCAAACGAUUUCACCAAAGAUAAUUGAAGAACUCAAGGAGAAACUGGCAUGAUCGAUUUCUACAUUUAUAUUUAUUUUUAACUUUGUUAUAGUUAUUAUUCAUGUUCUGAAUUCCAUAUUCAUAGACUAAUAAAAAAGUCACAAGAUACAAAACCAGUGUUCGCUUCUCUUAACAGACAUUUGGGGAUCUUUUCUAUCGAGUAAUUAACCAAUGUCGUGUCUGGAGACAAAGCUUGUACUCUAAAAAGAUAAGCUUCAUUUUCAUCAAUCAAACAAGAGGAAUUAAAUCAAUAUGAAGUACAAAGUCGGUUAAAUAUAGACGUGAGAUAAUGGUUCUGUUUGAAGUGCACCUUGCGUUUACAUACGGCUAAGAAAAAGUGGGCAGCUCAAUCCUCGUGACUUCGUUCUUGACGUUCAAACGUGAGAUAUUAUUUCAGACUACACAAGGCAUUCCAUGAUGUUGUCUAUGGUCCGAUGAUGAUGCUCAAGAUCAGUAACAACAGAGAUUUUUGCUAAGUCAGAUGAAGUAAAUGUAGAAAAAUCUAAAGAAUGCAAACUUUGAAGAU